AUGGCUACAUUCAACUUCAGUAGCUUCAAUCCAGGCACAUUCAUCCUUCUGGGAAUCCCAGAUCUGGAACAGUUCCAUAUCUGGAUCAGCAUUCCCUUCUUCAUUAUCUAUGUGGUAGCCAUGGCAGGCAAUUGUAUCCUUCUCUACCUAAUUUUCACAGAGCACAGCCUGCAUGAACCCAUGUUCUUUUUCCUCUCCAUGCUGGCUGCUACAGAUCUCAUCCUAUCUAAUACAUGUGUACCCAAAACCCUCAGGAUCUUCUGGAUAGGACCUCAGGAAAUCACAUUUCCAGGAUGCCUUACUCAGAUGUUUUUUCUCCACUUCAGCUUUGCUGUGGAUUCUGCCACACUGCUGGCAAUGGCAUUUGAUCGUUACGUUGCUAUCUGCCUCCCUCUAAGAUAUACCACAGUUCUUACCCAUCAGAGAAUUACUAAGAUUAUAAUAGGUAUUGUCAUCAGGAGCUUUUGUAUCAUGUUUCCAGUUGUAUUUUUAGUAAAGCGACUGCCUUUCUGUAGGACUCACAUUAUUCCCCACGCGUACUGUGAACACAUAGGUAUCGCCCGGCUAUCAUGUACAGACAUCUCCAUCAACAUCUGGUAUGGCUUUGGAGUGCCAUUAAUGGUCAUUAUUUCGGACGUGAUCCUCAUCGGAGUCUCCUACACUCUGAUACUCUGUGCUGUCUUUAGACUUCCAUCCCAGGAUGCCCGCCAGAAAGCUCUCAACACAUGCGGUUCCCAUGUUUGUGUUAUCUUGAUAUUCUAUAUACCAUGCUUCUUCUCUGUCCUCUCCCACCGUUUUGGUCACAACAUCCCUCUCUCCUUCCAUAUACUGGUUGCCAACCUCUAUGUAGUCAUUCCUCCUGCACUCAAUCCAAUUAUCUAUGGAGUGAGGACCAAGCAGAUUCGGGAUAAAAUCAUCCUACUCUUCUUCAAAAGGAUCCAGUGA